UAAAUAGCUGGGGAGGCUCAAGAACAUAAGCAAUCCAUAGACAAACGUUGUAUUCGGACGUGUGUAAAACAACACAUACGCACCCAAAGACUCUCUCUUUCUAAGUUUCCUUCUUGUCCAAAAGAAAUCCCACCAACCCAUCUUCUUGGUUCUUCCAAAGUUCAUGAAUCUCUGACCCAUUUGUCGAAUCUCAAUCGCAUUUGGGUGAUAUCUUCCAGGAAAGUCUGAUAAAAAGCCUCUGCCUUUAACUUCUGCUGUUAAAGAUAGAGACUUUUUCUUCAAAGAGUUGGAUUUGCAGAUACCUUUGAGUUGGUCUUUCUUCAAGAUCGGUUAAAAGGUUGGUGGAGCUGAUGGAACAGAAGCACAUUUUCUUGUCUGCUCUGAGUGUUGGGGUUGGGGUUGGGGUGGGCCUGGGGUUGAGUUCUGGGCAGGCUGUGAGCAAAUGGGUAAACGGUAAUUGCUCGGUCGAUGAGGUUACGGCGGAGCAGAUUGAACAGGAGCUGAUGAGGCAGGUGCUGGAUGGCAGAGACAGCAAAGUUACAUUUGAGGAGUUUCCUUAUUACCUAAGAGAAAGAACUCGGAUGUUGUUAACAAGUGCUGCAUAUGUUCAUCUGAAACACUCUGACUUAUCCAAGCACACCCGGAACCUUUCACCUGCAAGUAGAGCUAUUUUGCUCUCAGGACCUGCUGAACUUUAUCAUCAAAUGCUCGCCAAGGCUUUAGCACAUUACUUUGAGUCAAAGUUGCUGUUGUUGGACAUUACUGACUUUUCUAUCAAGAUCCAGAGUAAAUAUGGGUGUGCCAAAAGAGAACCUUAUCUUAAGAGGUCUAUCUCAGAGGUGACAAUGGAGCGAAUGUCCAGUUUGCUUGGGUCUUUCUCAAUCCUCCCUUCAAGUGGGGACAGUAAAGGCACAUUAUGCCGUCAAAGCAGUACUACAGAUCUCAAAUCAAGGGGCGCUGAAGGGCCAAAUAAUUCAACGCUUCAAAGAAAUGCCUCCUCUGCAUCUGAUAUGAGUAGCUUCAGUUCCAAAUGUGCUCCCACAAGUUCAGCUCCUCUCAAACGCGUGACCAGCUGGUGUUUCGAUGAGAAACUUUUUCUACAGUCACUUUACAAGGUCUUAGCUUCCAUAUCAGAAACUGGUUCGAUCAUUUUAUACAUCAGGGACGUUGAGAAGCUUUUUCUCCAAUCACGGCGGUUAUAUAAUUUGUUCAAUAAAAUGUUGAAGAGACUUUCAGGGUCAGUGUUAGUACUUGGUUCCCGGAUGUUAGACGCUGAAGAUGAUUGCAAAGAAGUUGAUGAGAGGCUUGCUGGUUUGUUCCCAUACAAUAUUGAGAUCAGCCCCCCUGAAGAUGAGACUCAUCUUGUCAGCUGGAAAGCCCAACUGGAAGAGGACAUGAAGAUGAUCCAGUUCCACGAUAACAAAAACCACAUAGCUGAGGUACUUGCAUCAAAUGAUCUUGAGUGUGAUGAUCUAGGUUCCAUCUGCCAUGCAGACACAAUGUUCCUCAGCAACUACAUAGAAGAAAUCGUUGUAUCAGCGAUAUCUUAUCAUUUGAUGCAAAACAAGGAUCCAGAAUAUAGAAAUGGAAAGCUUGUUAUAUCAUCGACAAGUUUGUCCCAUGGAUUGAGUAUAUUCCAGGAGGGAAAAAGUGGCGGGAAAGAUUCUCUGAAACUGGAGACCAAUGCUGAUUCCAAUAAGGAAACUGAAGGGGAAGAGGCUGUCGGUGCAAAGACUGAAACUGCAGCACCUGAAAACAAAGGUGAAGCAGAGAAAUCUGGUCCUGCAGUGAAGAAGGACAGCGAGAAUCCACCUCCGCCAAAAGUUGAAGUUGCGCCGGACAAUGAAUUUGAGAAGCGCAUAAGGCCAGAGGUUAUCCCUGCAAAUGAGAUUGGAGUCACAUUUGCAGACAUUGGUGCAUUGGAUGAUAUUAAAGAAUCACUUCAGGAGUUGGUCAUGCUCCCACUUCGAAGACCAGACCUUUUCAAAGGUGGGCUUCUUAAGCCUUGUAGAGGCAUAUUGCUUUUUGGUCCUCCUGGCACUGGAAAAACAAUGCUGGCAAAAGCCAUUGCAAAUGAAGCGGGAGCAAGUUUUAUCAAUGUCUCGAUGUCCACCAUCACUUCAAAAUGGUUUGGCGAAGAUGAAAAAAAUGUCCGAGCUCUGUUCACACUUGCAGCAAAGGUCUCCCCAACUAUUAUCUUUGUGGAUGAGGUUGACAGCAUGCUUGGGCAGCGGACCAGAGUUGGGGAGCAUGAGGCCAUGAGGAAGAUAAAAAACGAGUUCAUGACACACUGGGAUGGACUGUUGACAAAAACUGGAGAGCGAAUUCUUGUUCUGGCUGCAACCAACAGACCAUUUGACCUUGAUGAAGCAAUCAUCAGGCGGUUUGAGCGCAGAGUCAUGGUUGGUCUUCCCUCCGUCGAGAAUAGGGAAAUGAUCUUGAAAACUCUUCUUUCAAAAGAAAAGGUUGAAAAUCUUGACUUCAAGGAGCUUGCAACCAUGACAGAAGGUUACAGUGGCAGUGAUCUUAAGAACUUGUGUGUGACAGCAGCUUAUCGACCUGUGAGGGAGCUUAUACAACAGGAGAGACAAAAGGAUAUGGAAAAGAAGAAGAGAGAAGCACAAGGCAAGAGCACAGAAGAUGCUUCAGAGACAAAAGAGGAAGAGAAAGAGGACCGAGAAAUUACCCUGAGAGCUUUAAACAUGGAAGAUAUGCGGCAGGCAAAGAAUCAGGUUGCUGCCAGUUUCGCUUCAGAGGGAUCAGUAAUGAGUGAGCUGCAACAUUGGAAUGAUUUGUACGGAGAAGGUGGCUCAAGGAAGAAGCAACAACUCACUUACUUCCUGUAAAACAUUAAUAAUACAUGGGGAGGCAGGCGUCCUAGACAGUGAUCAGCUUCGUUCUUUGAGAAAGAAUGUGAAGAUUUGAGGAAGUUGGAAACUCCACCUGAAACACAAAUGUUUGAUGGCUCGUGACAACGUGACGAUCAAUUAGAAGCAGCUCUAGCUCUGAUCCUCAAAUGAAGAAAACGUUACAACCCAAUGAACGUAUACACCGGUGUACAAUAUACAUAUAUAUUGUAUUUUGUAAGAGUGGGUUUGGCAUCUGUUCACCAAAUGUAAAGGGAGGGUGGGUUCUCGGUAUUUUAUUAAGCCGUCUUGCAAGCAAAAUACCACCAGCUGGGGUUUUAGUCAUGUUCUGUGAACGUGUGGUAUUCGGACAUGCAUGUAGGAUUUCAGAUUGGUGGGGAGGGAACUUGGAGUGAAUUUAAUUUGUUUGAUAUAUAUAUAGAUAUAGCCUGUAGCUUAUGGACAAUAUUCAAAUACAGUCAGAGCAUUUGUACAU